GUGUCUCAACUCUACCUUAUCUCUCUCAGAGAUUUAAACAAACAGAGAAUGAGAUUGUUCAAAUGUUUAGUAUUCCAAAUCAUGAGGAAUCUGAGAAGCCGCAAGAGAAGUGGAAAUUAUCUAGAAAGGAUCCGUCAGUGCGAAUGUUGGAUGAGAGAUUCAUUAGGAUAGUGAAAAUCUUCAAAUGGGGACCUGAUGCUGAAAAAGCCCUUGAGGUACUUAAACUGAAAGUUGAUCAUCGGUUAGUUCGUUCGAUUCUGGAAAUAGACGUUGAGAUAAAUGUCAAGAUUCAGUUUUUCAAAUGGGCUGGUAAAAGAAGAAACUUUCAGCAUGAUUGUUCCACUUACAUGGCCUUAAUACGUUGCCUUGAAGAAGCUAGGCUUUACGGUGAAAUGUAUAGAACGAUACAAGAGGUGGUUCGUAACACAUAUGUUAGUGUUGGUCCGGCAGUACUCUCUGAGCUUGUGAAAGCGUUGGGGCGAGCUAAGAUGGUUAGUAAAGCUUUGUCGGUUUUUUAUCAGGCGAAAGGACGCAAGUGCAAACCUACUUCGAGCACUUAUAACUCGGUAAUUCUAAUGUUGAUGCAAGAAGGACAGCACGAGAAAGUCCAUGAGGUUUAUACUGAGAUGUGUAACGAAGGUGACUGUUUUCCAGACACGAUUACUUACUCUGCGCUUAUAUCCUCGUAUGAAAAGCUAGGUCGUAAUGAUUCUGCGAUAAGGUUGUUUGAUGAGAUGAAGGAUAACUGUAUGCAGCCUACAGAGAAAAUAUACACCACGUUGCUGGGAAUAUACUUUAAGGUGGGUAAAGUUGAGAAAGCUUUGGAUCUUUUUGAGGAGAUGAAACGAGCUGGUUGCACGCCUACAGUUUAUACUUACACAGAACUGAUAAAGGGACUUGGCAAAGCUGGGAGGGUAGACGAAGCAUAUGAUUUAUAUAAGAACAUGCUUAGAGAUGGAUUGACUCCUGAUGUUGUGUUCUUAAACAAUCUGAUGAACAUUUUAGGCAAAGUGGGUCGAUUGGAGGAGUUAACGAAUGUCUUCAAUGAGAUGGGAUCAUGGAGAUGUACACCGACUGUUGUUUCAUACAAUACCGUGAUUAAAGCUCUAUUUGAGUCAAAAGCACCUGUUUCGGAAGUAAGCGCUUGGUUUGAUAAGAUGAAGGCAGACGGUGUUUCCCCUAGUGAAUUCACUUACUCAAUCCUUAUAGAUGGUUAUUGUAAAACGAAUAGAGUAGAGAAAGCUCUGUUGCUUCUCGAGGAGAUGGAUGAGAAAAGUUUUCCACCUUGUCCUGCAGCGUAUUGCAGCCUCAUAAAUGCUCUUGGAAAGGCGAAAAGAUAUGAAGCAGCGAAUGAGCUAUUUAAGGAACUAAAAGAAAACUUCGGCAAUGUAAGUUCUCGAGUGUACGCUGUGAUGAUCAAACAUUUUGGGAAAUGCGGGAAGCUCAGCGAAGCUGUAGAUCUCUUCAAUGAGAUGAAGAACCAAGGAAGCGGUCCUGAUGUUUAUGCUUACAACGCCCUCAUGUCAGGAAUGGUAAAGGCUGGUAUGGUAAAUGAAGCUAAUUCGUUGCUUAGAAAGAUGGAAGAAAACGGUUGCAGGGCGGAUAUAAAUUCACAUAAUAUCAUCCUCAACGGAUUUGCGAGAACAGGUGUGCCGAGGCGAGCAAUAGAAAUGUUUGAAACUAUGAAGCAUUGUGGUAUUAAGCCUGAUGGUGUGACUUAUAAUACUCUUCUUGGAUGCUUCGCACAUGCUGGAAUGUUUGAGGAGGCUGCAAGACUGAUGAGAGAGAUGAAAGAUAAAGGAUUUGAGUAUGAUGCAAUCACUUAUUCAUCUAUACUUGACGCUGUUGGCAAUAUGGAUCAUGAAAAAGAUGAUGUUUCAUCUUUGUAAGAGUUGAUUUCUCUAAUUGGAAUAACAAAAAGAAAAAAAAGUAGAAGCUGAAAAAUUACUACAUUGCUUAAGUUUAAGUAUAAUGAAGACUGAAAACUUUA